CAAGGACAAAGGGAUCUUCCGAAGCUGGGUGCAGUUUGUGAAGAUUAGGCGGGCAGAUUUUUCAGCUAGCUCUGUCACCGCCUACUCGAGAAUAUGCAGCGCGCAUUUCAAAGUGGAGGAUUACCACUCAGGGGAUGCUAAAAUGGUCUCACUUGGAUUAAAGAGUGAGAGGAGUGCUAAAUUACUUCCUACCGCCGUGCCGUCUGUGAACGCAAACCUCUCUGCUUGCCCCGUCCCGAGGUCGAGAGACACCGUCUGCCGCAAGCAAGAAAUUGCCACGAUGUUGACAGACGCCUCACAGCAGGAGACUGUGGACAGUGUAGACACUGUGGAGAGUGUCGAUACUGGGGAUCAGCCCUUGCCCUCCUCCACUUCUGACGCUGGGACACAGUGUUCUUUGAAGCCCCCCCGAUGGUCUCACGAGGAGCUGAUGGGCCUUUUUGUCAUCUGUCCGGCCUGUUGUGAGAGGUCAGAUAGUAGCAUCGUGCAGCAGGAAGGAACUUUUCUUAAGAUCAAGCAGGUCUGUGCAUCAUGUGGCUACCACCGUUUCUGGCAAAACCAGCCAAUGCUCCACAGGAACAUGCCGACCUGCAACCUCCUGUUAAGCGGGGCCAUUCAUUUCACUGGAUGUUUGGCCACCCAGACAUUAAGAAUGUUGACUCUGUUUGGCCUGCAGUGCAUCAGUGCGAGCAGUUACUUUCGCCAUCAGCACCGCUACACCAUCCCUGUAAUCGUUCAGGCCUGGCAAAACGAUCAAGCGAAGAAUUUUAGUGACCUACGGGCAAUGGAUGGCGGGCUAGUUCUUGCUGGUGACUGCAGGUCAGAUUCUCCUGGGCACUGCGCGAAGUAUGGAUCCUACUCUCUGAUCGAGGACAGAGUGAACAAGGUGGUGGAUGUUCAGCUUGUUCAGAGCUCAGAGGUCCCCAACAGCUCUUGGUGUGAGCUUGAAGGGCUCAAGCGCAGUGUUGGCCUGCUGAGGGAAAGGACCUGCAUUUAGCAACGCUGAUCACGGACCGUCAUCGCCAGGUUGCCAAAUGGGUGAGAGAGGAGCUGAGCCCUGAAGGGACACGGCAUUAUUUUGAUGUGUGGCACAUUGCCAAAAGUCUGGGGAAGGCAUUGGAUGCAGCUUCAAAAGAGUGUGACCAACUACAGCUGUGGAGGCCUGCUAUAGUGA